AUGGUGGGUCUGAGGGCUCUGCCCAGACCUCUCUGGCUCCUGCUGUUGACACCCCUCUGCCUUCUGCAUGUGGGGGCCUCCGGGCAGCCCCGCCUGACCCACCGAGCCCCUGACUAGGAGGCCACGUCCAUUCAAGGAGUGCGGGGUGGCUCUGUGGAGCUGGCCUGUGGCUCCGGACCCUCACCCCGACCCCCCCCCCCCCCCGCUCCACCGCCAGUGGUCUUCUGGAGCUUCACUCCCCUGGGCUCGCUGACUCCCCGGCCUGUGGCUGUCACCAAUGGAGCGGAGUCCAAGGGGGAGGCCGGGGCCUUGGCUCUGGGGGCCAAGAGUCUGCGGGAGCUGCAGGAGGGUGCCUGAGGCCGCUUCCCAUGCCAGGCCCUGCACUCGGCCAGGGGCCGGCUGCACACCCCCUACUCCGGCCUCACUCUGGCCGUGCUUGUGCCCGUAUCAAAGCCUUGGGUGAGGCUGAGCGACCUGUCCCCUGUGGAGGGGACCUCUGUGGUGGCCACAUGUGCAGUCUGGGAGGGCACAGAGCCUGUGACGUUUGCCUGGCGACAUCGGGCACCUCGAGGCCUGGAGGAGGAGCUGGUGGAGGUGACGGAGCGAUGGCUUCAGCUAGACCGGAUAAACAGGACACACCUGGGCUGGUACAUAUGCAGUGCACACAACGCUGUCAACCGGCAGAGUGAUGGGACCUUCCCUGAUGUCAUCUAUCCCUCCUGUGCGGUGCUUCCCAUCCUCGGGGCUGUGACUUUGGUCUGCACCUGGCCUGGGAGGCUUCCAACUGCCCCGCUGCAGUGGGAAGGGCCCCAGGGAACCGGCCCUACCGCCCUUAGCAACGUCACCUGGAGUCAGCCAGCCAUGCAGCUCCCAAAUGGCAGUGUUUUCACCUGUGCUGGCCGGCCCCCAGCCCUGGCGCUGCCCACCCUCUGCAGGAUCAUGCUGUAGGGUCCCCUCUGAAGCCCCACCUGCUGGACCACAGCCACAGUCGGAGACCAGUUCAUCAUGCUGAGCUGUGAGUGGCUGGGAGGCGAGCCCCCUGCCCUGCUGAGCUGGCUGGACGGACGGCAGCAGCCCUCGCUGGCCGUCCACCUCCUGCAGGCUCAGGGAGACCUGGCUGGCCGAGAGUUCACCGGCCGGGGCACUCACCGGCUCAGGGCCCCGGACCCCCCUGCCACCUUACCCUCUCUGUCCCCGCAGAAGCUCCGCAGUUGGCUCCGUGGCACAGUGGCUCAGCCCCGGGUGUCCGUGCUGGAAGGGGGCGAGGCCUGGCUGGGCUGCACCCUCCUGGGAGGCAUGCCGCCUGCCCAGCUCCUGUGGCUGGGACCCCAGCAACAGCAGGUGGAAGCCGGCACCCCUGGAUUCAUGCUGCACCCUGAGGGUGCCCAGCUCCACCUUCGCAUCCGGGAUGCUGACCCAGCGCGCCACAGGGGCGCCUACCAGUGCGUGGCCCGCAACGCCGUGGGCAACAGCAGUCGGAGCGUCCUGCUGGAGCUCCGGAGAUACCCAGCUCCUCCCAACGUCACCAUCCGCCGCCUGACCGACGGGAGACACCGGAGAGACGUGCAGCUGCGGUGGGCCGCCGAGGGCCCCGGGAACCUGACGGGCUUCCUGGGGCCCAGGGCCAGCGUCCCAAGCCCGGGAGCCGGGGCCCGGGAGCCGGCAGCCAGGGUCAGGGAGCCUGAGAGCAGGGGCCGGAGGCUGGGGGGCGUGGCCCCGGGGGGCCGCUAUGCCUUCCGCGUCCCGGCUCUGAAUCGCCGCACGGCUGGACACCCCUCCGAGGUGAAGACACCAGGCCGGAGCCCCUUCCCCGUCUAUCCAGCAGUGCUGGGUGCAGCGGGCACAGGAGCGGUGGUGGCAACGGUAGCCUUCCUACUGGUGUUCCAGUAUCCUGCCUGGCACCGGAGACUUUCCCCUGUGAGCCUUGGCCAGUUGCUUGUUCCCAUGGAGCCAAGUCACCAAUACAGGGAUUCAAGGGAAGGCCUGGAGGCACAAGCAGGCAUCGAACCAACACCCACCACCCCAGGUUCGGAUCCUGCACAAGAACCCACGGAUGCCCCAGUUAGUGUCACCAUCACUGUGACUGCAACGCUGUGA